AUGAACAACACCAUUGGAAGUCAAUUAAAAAUAAUAGAGAUAAUUCAUUUAUUACAAUGGCCAUAUUGGAGUUCUAUAAAAUGUCUUGAAAUGAAAAAUAAAAUUGAAAAAAAGAAUUUGUUACAAUUUAUAGAAGAACGAGAUAAAGUAAUAUGUUUGUGUAUCAUAUUAUUGGUCAUCAAUUUACUUUUAUUCUUAGAAAAAAAGAGUGAUGAAAUUAAUGUUGAUGAAACACAUCAAUCAAUUAUAAAAGACUUUCUCCUUGAAUUAAUUAAAAAAGAUAUUAUUAAAGAAAAAGAAUAUUUUCAUUUUAUGAACUUCUUAUCGUAUUAUGAAAUAGCAGUGUUAAGGUUAUGCAACUUUGAUUUAUUUACAAGGGAAGUUGAUGAUGAUUAUCAAGAGAUUAUUGAUUGGUUAAAAGAGAAUAAAAUUACUAUCAUAGACUCAAAAGAUUCACACCAAAAUAUUCAGAAAGAUUAUAUUGAAACAAAUGAACUUCAAAACACACUAUCUUCAUUAUUUCUUUUUGACUUAAACCAAUACCCUAUGAAAAUAAUUAUUUUAACUACUGUUUAUUAUCUUAUUCAAUACCGUGAUACACAACAACAAGUCAAAAAAAGAAUAGAUAAAGAUAUUAAAGAAAAUAAAUAUCGUUGGGAUGAUAUUGAACAACUCCUUCAAUUCGUUAAAUGUGGAAAGGAAUUAAUGUCAAAGAAAAAUGAGAUUAUUACUCAAUACGUCUCUUCUUUUAAGAGGAUUAUUAAAUAUGUGGUUUUCACUGCCUCAGAUGAAAAGUGCCUUAAUGAGUUAAUUGCUCAUUACUCUCAUCAACAAUUUGAUAUUUUAGAAUUUACUAUUUACCAAAUAGAGAAAAAUGAUAAGAUUUAUCAAUUUUGGAAAAUAAAAGAGUCCUACCAAAUGAUUGACUGCUCUUUGAUUUUAAAAACUGAUGUUGAUAGUAUCAUAUUCUUAACAAAAAAUAACAAUAAAUUUUUAAAAGAAUACUGUUAUUUAUGUAACGGAUUUAAUUAUAUUCAUUCAGUCUUUGUAUUAUCUGCUUCUUCCCUUCCUCAAGAACUUAAAGAUGAACUUCAAUUAUCAAUUUUAAAUAACUUUCCUACAGAUGAUUCAUUUUUGAACUUUACUUUACAAAAAGAUCUUCACAUAUAUUUCAAAGAAAUUAAUUAUUCGGUCUCUACUUCAUUGAUUGAUACAGUUUGCAUCUAA